AUGCCUCUUCCACCGCGAAUUCUUGAGUAUGGUUUGAAAGCUGCUGGUAUCGCAACUGCGGUCUUGUGCAUCAGCUUGGGUGUAUUUUGUAUGGUCUCAAUAUCCGCACAAUGCAUCAUUGGUGGUCUCCUAUUGAUAAUAAUUGGCAUAAUUGUUAUAAUACUAGAAGCACCUAUAUGUUGUUCUAUGGUUCCACAACUGCACAAAUUCAAUGAGUUCAUUGAGAAACGUUCUCCUAUUGAAAAAUCAAUCUUCUAUGGAAUUGCAGCUAUUUUACCCUUAAGCCUAUGCUUUGGUAUUUCCACACUAUUUUGUGGCCUAGCAUUGGGUGGAUGCUGUGCAUUUAAUGUUUGGAGAAUUAUCAAAGAAAGACGCAACAGGCAAGCCAAUCCAGAGGGUGUGGUUUCGGAACAUCAGACUCCAUAUGCUGCGGGUAAUCCGCAACCUGCAACAUUUCAGGGUGGAUACGGUGACCCACCAGGAUUCCGAGAUCAAUUAAUUGAAAAAGCUGCUACUGGAGCAGUAAGGGUGUGA